UCAUUAAGUACUUCUAAUAAUUUUUAUAGUUAUCUAAGAGGUGACUUUUGAGUAAUAGUGAGGAUUUUAUUUUUAAUUUAAAUUUAAUGAACUUUCUAUAGCAAAGGAGCUAAUUUAUAAAGUUUGUAUUUGUUGGGUGAAGAAUCUUUGGUAAUUUUAUUGAAUUUAUCUUCACUGAAUGUGAAAUUGAAUUGAGAAGGAAUGACUGUCAAAUUAUUAGGNUUAUCUGAUUACCCUUUCUUAUUAUCAAUGAAAUAAUAAGGGAUAGUUUAAGUAGAAGCCUUUUAGUGCAAAUCAAAUGAUUAACUAUUAUAGUUUUGAGAAUAGUUUUUGAUGUAUGAAUGAUUUAAUCUUUUAAUUUUAUGUGCAGGAAGCAUUUUGGA